UGGGGUCGUCUUCUUGUGCACCUCAUGACAAGGUCACCACCUAGGAACGUAUGAACUCGAGACCAUGGCAUGGCGCAUGCUUGCAUUGCAACAUUUGUCGCCAUACCAAGAUCCAAGCCCAACAAUGGCGUGCUCGAUCGCCUUCAUAUCCAGAGCAGCGAUCCAUUGACCAGAAGCCCCGUCCGUCCAAAGCUUCAAGCUUGGUGAGGAUUUCGAUCGCUCAUCAGGCCGGGGUUUGGACUCUGGACAUGGACAUGUUCGUCCAGGAGGACACGCUGUCGUCGGCGACGUCGUCGCCGGCGUCGUCGCUGUACACGCCGUCGCCGCACGGUCAUGGCGGGCUCGGGUCGUCGUGGGUGCAGGAGCUGAGCCAUGACCAGCAGGGCCUGCGCCUCAUCAACCUGCUGUACCAGUGCGCGGCGGAGGUGGCGGCGGGCGCCUUCGACCGCGCCAACUUCUACCUGGAGCAGAUCACGCAGCUGGCGUCGCUGGACGCGCCGCACACGCUGCAGCGGCUCGCCGCCGUCUUCGCCGACGCGCUGGCGCGGAAGCUGCUCAACCUGGUCCCCGGCCUGUCGCGGGCGCUGCUGUCCACGGGGGGCAACUCCGGCGAGGCGCACCUGGUGCCCGCCGCGCGGCGCCACCUCUUCGACGUGCUGCCGUUCAUGAAGCUGGCGUACCUGACCACCAACCACGCCAUCCUGGAGGCGAUGGAAGGGGAGAGGUUCGUGCACGUCGUCGACCUCUCCGGCCCCGCCGCCAACCCGGUGCAGUGGAUCGCUCUGUUCCACGCCUUCCGCGGCCGCCGCGGCGGGCCACCGCACCUCCGCGUCACGGCCGUGCACGACGGCAGGGAGUUUCUGGCCAACAUGGCCGCCGUGCUCGCCAAGGAGGCCGAGGCGUUCGACAUCCCGUUCCAGUUCAGCGCCGUGGAAGCCAAGCUGGAGGAGCUGGACACCGACGCGCUCCGGCACGUCCUCCGCGUGCGGUCCGGCGAGGCGCUCGCCGUCAGCGUUGUCGGGCAACUGCACCGCCUCCUGGCGGUCGACGACGCCGGUGGCAGGAACAGCAGACAUGUCCCGGGCAGCAGCUGCCUCACCCCGGUGCAGAUCAUCGCGCGGUCCAGCCCAAGCAGCUUCGGCGAGCUGCUGGACCGGGAGCUCAACACGCGGCUGCAGCUGAGCCCGGACUCGUCGGCAGUGCUCUCCAUGUCGCCGCAGUCGUCGUCGCUGUCGCCGGCGCAUCAGCAACAGCAGCAGAGGGAAAAGGCAAAGCUGGGGAGCUUCCUGCGCGCGGUGCGGGCGCUGUCGCCGACGCUCAUGGUGGUGGCGGAGCCGGAGGCGAACCACAACGCGGCGACGUUCCUGGAGCGGUUCGAGGAGGCGCUCAACUACUACGCGUCGCUGUUCGACUGCCUGGAGCGCGCGUCGGCGGCGCAGGCGCACCGGUGCGCCGGGGAGCGGGCGCGCGCCGAGCGGCUGGUGCUCGGGGAGGAGAUCCGCGGCGUGGUGGCGCGGGAGGGCGCGGAGAGGAAGGAGCGGCACGAGCGGCUGGCGCAGUGGGCGCGACGGAUGGAGGCCGCCGGGAUGGAGCGCGUCGGGCUCAGCUACGCCGGCAUGAUGGAGGCGAGGAAGCUGCUGCAGAGCUGCGGCUGGGGCGGCGGGGACUACGCGUACCAGGUGGCCCACGACGCCGGCGGCGAGGCCUUCUUCUUCUGCUGGCACCGCAAGCCGCUCUACUCCGUCUCCGCCUGGAGGCCGGCGGCGGCGUGCCGGCACACCUAGCGGCUACUAGCUGAGCUCGGUUUAGGCCAUCGCAUCGAUUGCUGGUGCUGCACUGCAUGCAUGAACGCACGUGUCUACUCUAUGUACAGCCAUCUCUCGACGAUCGUGCCAUAUUUGCGUCGUCGAUAUCGAUCCCAUUACGGUGUGCUCCCUUGAAUC